AUAAUAUAGUUGAUCAUAUUUAAUUUGGAUAAUUAAUGAUGAUGGAUGAUCAAAGGGUUGGUGAUCUUCCUCCAGGAUUUAGUUUUGAUCCAACUGAUGAAGAGCUUGUUUUGUAUUAUCUCAAAAGCAAAAUAGCUGCAAAUUUAUCCUUCAAUAUUCCUCAUCUCCAUUUUUCUUCUUCUGAUCCUUCCCAACUCAAUGAAAGGGCUUUGUGGAGCAAAAAUCAAUGGUAUUUUUUCAGCCAAGUGAAGGAAAAUAAUAAUCGAGCUACAGGAAGAGGAUAUUGGAAGGAAUUAAAUAUGAAUGAGCCAAUUAUACUUAAAAAUUGUGGUGAAAAAGAAAAAAUAAUAGGAAUAAAGAAGUACUUUGUGUACUAUAUUACUACUAAUAUUCAUGAACAAGUACAAACCAAUUGGAUUAUGGAAGAAUUUCACCUCAAGAGAGAAAAUGAGAAGCUAUUGGAAUGGGUUGUAUGUAGAGUACAUGAAUCAAAGAACAAUUCUGAAGGGAUAACUUGUGAUGAUAAUGAUGAAAUUGAGCUCUCAGCUUUGGAUGAAGUUUUUUUAUCAUUGGAUGAUGAUCAAGAACAAGAGGAAAUAAGUUUUCCAUACUAAUUAGAAGCUAAAAAAAAAACAGUCAGUUUGAUAUACUAAAUUUUUGUUAUACGUUUUGAAAAGAAUCGAACCACAAAGAUUUAUUAGAAGCCAAUUAUAAUAUAUUAAUUUUAUGGUGUGACUAUAUCAUAUAUAUGAGAGAUCUCUCAUAUAAAUACACUUUAAAGUAAAUAUGUGUAGAUAUAAAAUUAAUAGUAAUGUAAUGAUUUUAACA